GCAGAAGCUCUGGAGGAGCUGUCUGUGGGUUUCUCAGAGGAGGAGUGGGCUCUGCUGGAUCCCGGCCAAAGGGCUCUGCACACGGAAGUCACGGAGGAGACUUUGACCCAUGUGGUAUCUCUGGGUAUUGGAAUGACGCCGGGAAUGAACUUUUCCUCCCUUCUUCUUUUUGGCGGAAUGGAAGCCACUUCAAGGCCAUGUCGUGAUCUGGUGGGAGCAAGUCGGCAGAGAGGCGUUCCAUGUUUUCCUCCCUCAGAAACAUUCCAGAGCUUGAAGGACGUCCUGAUGCAUUUUGAGGAUAUUGCUAUCCAUUUCACGGAGGAGGAGUGGGCUUUACUGGAUGAAGGCAAAAGAGCUCUGCACCAAGAAGUUAUGGAGGAAAAUAUAGCAACUCUGAUCCCUCUGGCAGCCAACGGUAUUCCCCUCCCCCUUAGCAGCUCUGGCUACCAAAUGGCGGGAGCAGGAGAGCAGCUGUUGCUGAAGGGGGUGGGGCCUGGCCUGAGGCACUGA